CACCCCUGCAGAGCCGCCCGGGAACUGGAGCAGCAGGCUGAUCUGGGGAGGCAGCAGCCUCCUCCGGCUCAGGGCUGACACCAGCAUGGCUCUCCUCAUGCACCUGCUGGUCUGCACCUUCGGGCUGGGCUCCUGGGUGGCCAUCAACGGGCUCUGGGUAGAGCUGCCCCUACUGGUGAUGGAGCUGCCCGAGGGCUGGUUCCUGCCCUCCUACCUCACGGUGGUCAUCCAGCUGGCCAACGUCGGCCCCCUCCUGGUCACCCUGCUCCAUCGCUUCCGGCCCGGCUGCCUUUCCGACGUGCCUGUCGUUUUCACCGUGGUGGCUGUGGGCACUGUCACCUGCAUCCUCCUGGCUUUCCUCUGGAACGUCACCUCCAGGGUGCAGGGCAACUACUACAGCAUCGCCUUUGUCAUCCUCACCUUCUUCCUGGCCCUGGUGGACUGCACCUCCUCCGUCACCUUCCUGCCCUUCAUGAGCCGGCUGCCCCCCCGCUACCUCACCACCUUCUUUGUGGGCGAAGGACUCAGCGGCCUCCUGCCUGCCCUGGUGGCUCUCGCCCAGGGCUCGGGUCUCACCACCUGCGUCAACGUCACUGAGACAUCAGACACCACCCUACGCCCGCAGACCACCGGGAACACCGACACCACACAGGGAGCGAGCAUUUUUGUGUCCGCCCUCACGGGGACGGCGCCCUCCGUGGCCCAUCUGCAAACCCGCUACCUCCCCGCCAACUUUUCGCCCCUGGUCUUCUUCCUCCUGCUCUCCUUCAUGAUGGCCUGCUGCCUCCUUGCGUUCUUUCUCCUCCAGCGUCAGCCCAGGCACUGGGAAGCCUCCAGAGAAGACAUCCUCUCCUCCCAGGUCACCCUCCACUCCAUCCGACCGCAGGAGGAGAAGGAGCUGGGGCCCCCGGGCCUGGUGGACAGCGGCAAGGGCCAGGGGCAGCUGGAGGAGAAAACGGCGGCCCGCCCCCCGACGCACCUGGCCCUCAUCUACGUCCUGGUGGCCUUUGUGAAUGCGCUGACCAACGGCGUUCUGCCCUCCGUGCAAAGCUACUCCUGCCUCUCCUACGGGCCGGUUGCCUACCACCUGUCGGCCACGCUCAGCUCCAUGGCCAACCCUCUCGCCUGCUUCCUCUCCAUGUUCCUGCCUAACAGGUCUCUGCCAUUCCUGGGGGUCCUCGCGAUGCUCGGGACUGGAUUUGGGGCCUACAACAUGGCCAUGGCCGUGAUGAGCCCCUGCCCCCUCUUGCAGGGCCACUGGGGUGGGGAACUCCUCAUCGUGGUCUCCUGGGUGCUGUUCACCGGCUGUCUGAGCUACGUCAAGGUGAUGCUCGGCGUGAUCCUGCGCGACCGUAGCCGCAGCGCCCUCUUGUGGUGCGGGGCGGCGGUGCAGCUGGGCUCGCUGCUGGGAGCCCUGCUCAUGUUCCCGCUGGUCAACGUGCUGAGGCUCUUCUCAUCUGCUGACUUCUGCAGCCUGCAGUGCUCCGCCUAGGCCCUCUGGAGGGGCAU